AUGGUUAAUUUUUACACUGGUUGUGUAAUGUCUGGAAAAACUAAAUUACUUUCUGAUAUUAUUAAUUUAUUUGACAGUUCAGAAUAUCUUCUAAUCGUACCUAAAAUAGUUUUUCCUAACGAUGAGGUGCAAGUGAAAAGUAGAGCUGAAGGAUAUGAAGGAAUUAUACCAGAUAUACGUAUAGACAAAUCUACUGACUUAACAGUAUUGUUGACCUCUAUGUUGGAUAAUUCGAAUAUACGUUUAAUUGUCUGCGAUGAAAUACAGUUUUUUGAGAAAGAUCAAAUUGAUCAAUUAUUUAAUAUUGAAAAGAUAUUUAAUUUGAAAAUUGUUUGUUUUGGAUUGCUUAAAACACACCAAAAUACUAUUUGGGAUGUGGUACAAUAUUUAAUUAACAAAAAACCUAAAUAUACAGAAAUUUUAUCUUGUUGUACUUAUUGUGAAAAUAUAGCUACUACAAAUAUUCGUUUUGAUUUUAAUUCCAGUGAAAGAAUUGAUGAUUGUGGAAAUGAUGGUGAUAAAGAGAAAUACUUCCCGGUGUGUGAAAGGUGUUAUAAGGCUAGAGAUAAGAGAAGUUAUUUAGAAAAUAAUUAA